UGCAUCCGAGUCGGACUGUAUUUCUGUGGCGAUGAGUUGCUGGUAUUGGUGUGCCGCUGAAGGUGACUCGGGUGAUGUGGAGACCGGGACUGGGGAGGGAUUGAGAGUGGGUUGGUGAAAGAGGUAGCGAGAGACUGAAGGAGGUGUGGGACACAGAGACGGCGACUCUUCACGGUGGACAUGUCCUGGAUAGUGCGACCGGCCCUCGGCCUGAUACCCCGUACAGUGUGGAAUGCUUCUGUUCGAUAUAGUCACUGGCAGAUGUCCAUGUUGGCACUCAGAGAAUCCUUACCAAUGAGAGCUGAACCUAGGAAAAAGAAGAAAGUGGAUCCCAGGAGAGAACAGGCAGCAAGAGACCGCCUGAGAAAAAGGCUGAAGAAAUUGGAACGUGUUCCUCCAGAGUUGAUCCCGAUUGAAGAUUUCAUCACUUCAACUAAGUUCCUUGAUGAAUCCAGAGUCCGAGAUCCUCCCAAGCUGACGUUGGAAGAGAGCGAGAGGCGAGCACUUCUAAUGAAGGAGUGGUCACGGUAUAAGCAGAAAGAACAUAAACAGGAAGCUGAAAUGAUCCAGUCCAUGAUUGAGGCACAGCAGCAGGCCCUGCAGGAACUGCGGCUCGAAUCAGAGGAGUUGUACCAGGCUGCCAUUAAACGAGACCAAGGACUCUUUCCAUUGGAGUUACAAGGAUGUAGUUUUACUCCUCCCAUAGCUAACUAUGAAGCACCUGAUGGAAAAUAUAGAGAUAUCACAAAAGUGUAUACACAGUGACAUGCCUGAGACCCUUACUGCUCUUGGGUUGUCCUUGUAAGCUAAUUUUUCUAAAUAAAGUGAAUAUUAACAUGUGAA